UUUUUUUGCUAUGCUCGCCCCUUCCCUCUUCACUCCUCCUCAUUCAACUUUUUGCGAGCAAGAAAACUUUUCCUCUUAUCAUCAUUCCACCGGAAAGUCUCUUCAAUAAGCACCUACUAUCGGUAUCUCAAAGAACUCUGUCACUUCCUCUGCCUUUUUCUUUCUCAUGGACUUUUUUGCCAAUGCUUUUGUCACCCGCGACGUAGUCGACAAUGAAAAUGUCGUCGUCAAGGACGGGAUUCAGAUUCGCGAAAAGACCAUGGCUAUCUCGGACGACGUUGUCAAGUGCGAGGUAUGCGGGCUUGCCACAGCGAAGUACAAGUGCCCCGGAUGCUUCUGUCAGACCUGCUCGCUUCAGUGUUCAAAACAGCACAAGCUCGACACGACCUGCUCGGGCGCUCGUCCCAGGACCCAUUUUGUCGAGCGCAAGCAGUACAGCGAACAGGAUAUGAUGAGUGAUUACAACUUUCUGGAGGAAGUCGGUCGGACGGUCGACAAUGCCGCACGCCAGAAUUUAGAACUGGAAGCAGGACUACACCUUAACAAGAAACGCAACCUAGGCGCUAACAAUAACAACAAGCGAGCGCGCCAUCCACAUGAUAAUAAAGGAGGAUCAGAUAUUGCAUCGAUUACAGAAUUGUCGCUAACAGCGGCUCAGGAGUUGGAGAGACAGGUGCCCGAGAACAGUGGAACGUACAAGGACAAACAACUUAUUAUGCAGGCAAGGCGACGUGGGACACAGUUGAUCAGGAUGGCAGAAGGGCUCAAGAAGCGGAAAGAGAAUAACACCCAUUGGAGAGAUAAGCCUAGCAGGAUUCUCUGGACGAUCGAAUGGUUGUUCCCAAAGACGGAUUCACCAAGGCGCGUACUUGAGCAUAAAAAUGAAGAGUCCAGUACUCUCAAGGAUCUUUUGUCAGGAGCAUUGAGCAAGGAGGACAAGAAGGACUUGACGGAAAUAUACCAUCUGGACCAGCUGGACCAGUACCGUCUCUACUUUGUUAUCCCUCUGCGACAUGCCAAUAAACCGGCUCUGUAUCCUCUCAAGAACACCGACAGUCUACAGGAAGCACUCAAAUUCAAGAAGGUACUUGAAUACCCCACCAUUCUGGUGCUCGAACCUUCAUCAUUAGCAACCAUAUCAACAUCAAAGGAAACAGCAUUUGCAGAGGCAGUUAAAGAAUCGACCGAUACAGCAGCCAACGGCGAAACAAAGACAGAAAGUGUGCGCGCAAAUGUGUCUACAGAAUCAAUCUCGUCCUCAGAUACCGCAACUCAAGCCAACAUUUCGGAUCAAUCUCACCCGAUUUUGAAAAAGUAUUCGAUCGAAGAACCACCGACACAAUUUCCCAAGCGGAAUCCAGGACCGCAGCAAAAGCAGCAGAAUAAUAAGAGGCAUAAUGAUAGAACUACAGAAAGCGAUACUGCAAACAAGAAAGCAAAAGUCGAGGAGAAAGACGAGGAAGGUGAAGGCGAUAAUGACGAGGAAGAGGAUGAAGAGGAAGAAUCGUCGUCGGAUGACUCGAGUGACGAUUCAGACGACUCGGAUGAAGAUUCUAGUUCUGACGACUCUAGCGAUUCGGAUACUACUGGCGCGGAAGCUGAAGAUGCUGAUGCAAGUCCAGACGAUGAUUCUGGGGUUCCAACCACUGGUACCGAGGGCGAUGUCGACGCCGAUAAUGAACCAAAUAUGGAGGUCGGACAGGCUAUCUUGGAAGCAUUCAACCAGGACUUUGGUCAGGCCAAGUAAACGCAGAACUGAUCGAAUAAUAAAAACAUUAAUUAACCUUGUUGUGGAGUGACUUUUGG